AUGGCUUGUACAACGCGGGAUGACGAUAUUGAGCUUGAAGUUAUUGAAGCUUCUAACGAUACGGAGUUGUUCGCUGGUCAGCAACAAACGGUUUUGUGGAACGAAGACAAGUGUUUGGAGCUUGCACCGGCCCAAAACAGGACACCAGUUUCGAUUGUCUACGACGAGAAUGCCGAGGAGCUAUCCUUUCCGGAUAUUUACCUAGGAUAUCCCAGAAAGUUUAGAGAAGGAACUCAUGUAACUCCCUUUAUGAAAGCCACCAGUGAGCUGAGAAGGAGUGACAGGCGAGGAGCGAAGCCAAACCACUUGUUGUAUAUGGCUAUGAAAAUUAUGCGUCUACGUGUUACUGAAGGAUUGCAAUUUUCUUUCAAAAGCAUGGGAACAGCGAAUGUGACACGAGCACAGCUCAACGACAGAAGCUUUGUGGAAAGUCUAAUGGAACGUAAUUUGUCGUUUAUGAAAUCGAUACCAAAUUCGGUGCAGUAUUGGUAUCAACGGAAGCAGGAUCUUUUCGCAAUGAUACGACAGCUGGGGAAGCCUACAAUGUUCCUGACUCUAAGUGCCAGCGAAACUCAAUGGCCGCUAUUAUUGAAGCAGCUACAUAAGCUGACUAAAGAAUAUAGCGGAAUUGAAUUGGUUGAACCGCUGCAAGAGUUGAAUGCACAACAGCGAGCAACGCUAGUUAAUGAGGAUGCCGUAACAUGUUGUCUUUAUUUCAACAAACUGGUUGAUGUACUAAUGACGAUAUUAUCUUCCCCAAGAUAUAGCCCGUUCGGGAUCAACUACGUUGUGGAUUACUUCAAGCGAAUUGAGUUCCAACACCGCGGAAGUCCACAUGCCCACAUCUUGCUCUGGCUUGCAAACGAUCCUGGCGAAACCGUUUCAGAACAUAUGCCUGCUACAAUGGAGCUUCUAAGAAAGGUUUGUUCUAUUGAAGCAAUGCAUUUGCCAGAAACGAUUAAGAAGCAGAUUCAUAACCACACGCGCACUUGCUAUAAACGCAAUGAGAAAAGAUGUCGGUUCAAUAUACCGUACUGGCCAAUGAAUGAAGAGCGAACAUUGAUUCCUCUCACUGCCGACGACCGUCGCCGUGAUCAGUUGAGGAAACGUGCCACUGAAAUGCGCCAGACCUUAGAAACAAAGGCAUUUGACACGAUAGAUGAGUUUCUUGUCGAUUGUAGGUGUACAUAUGAUGACUACCUUGAUGUACUACGUUCUUCGAUACAACGACCCACAAUUUUCAUGAAGAGAGGAAUGAACGAGCUAUGGACUAAUUCCUUCAAUCCGUGGAUAGCACAGAAGCUGCGGUCAAACAUGGAUCUACAAGUAAUUCUCGACGUCUAUUCCUGUGCUUGUUACUUGGUUGAUUAUGUGAAUAAAUCGAACAGAGGCAUAAGUGGUUUGCAUCGUGAACUCAUCCUUCUACAAGAGCAGUACCCUGAUCAGGACUAUGCAGCUUUGCUGAAGAAGAUCAGUUUGAAGAUGCUGAAUUCUGUAGAAAUGUGUGGUCAGGAAGCUGCAUGGUAUCUGCUUCGCCUACCAAUGUCUGAAAGUAGUAGGAAGGUUGAGUUUCUACCAACGAUGUGGCCUCACGAGCGGAUUAGAUCCAGGAAAAAGUUUUCGCAGAUGGACGAGGAAGGAAUAGAAGACACCUCUACCGAUGUGUGGACUAAGAACAUCAUUCAGAAAUAUGAAGAACGCGAAGGCUUGAAUGAUGUUUGCUUGGCAGACUUCGUGGCAUGCUAUACCCCAAGUAGAGGAACGAAUAUCUACAAAACACGGAACAAUCCACGAAUUUUGAAAUGGAGAGGAUAUACCAUGAAUGAACUAGUUGAGUACAAACGCGAAUCUGUGCUCCUAUUCCUACCAUUCAGAAACGAAGUAUGUGAUCUUUUAGAUGGUAAUAAAUUUCUACAGCUCUACGACGCACACGAAGCAGUCCUAUUGAGAAAACGGAGGGAAUAUGAUUGUGAGCUGAAUCUAGAACAGACUGUUGAAGAAUACCUUCGUUCCUGUGAAAACGAAGGAACAGGCGAGCAAGAAAAUGCCGCAACGGAGAAACACGACGAAUGUUCGCGAGCGAUAACAAUGGAGCCAAACAACGAUGACAUCGAACAUUUGCCCACAGGAGCACUGAGAGCAGUCAUAAGGCAGCGUUCGAACGUCAUGUCGAAACAGGAAUAUUGUGCUAUGGUACGAGCUACUAAUCCGGAACAGCGUGACUUAGUAUUACACGUGAUUGAUUUAUUACAUUGCUAUAAUGAAGACAAUAAACCUUUGCAGGUCUUCUUCACAGGUCCUGCCGGAUGUGGUAAAACUUUUACGCUCCGCAUAUUGAUGGAAACGAUUAAUCGUUUCAGCCAGGCUCACAACGUACAAAGGAACGCUUAUGUGGCUUGCGCUUCAACAGGGAAGGCAGCUGUAGCUAUUGGAGGUACUACCGUGCAUUCGGCAUUCCGUAUCACAAUGUCCCGGCGAAAUAAUUCAAAACUUGGCUUUGAAAUGCUUCAAAUGUAUCGUAACGCUUUUACCAAUAUAAAAGCGAUUAUCGUAGAUGAAGUAAGCAUGAUUGGUGCUGAUGUACUGAACACUAUCCAUACGCGUCUGCAAGACAUCACAGGCAAUUUUGACGAACCGUUCGGAGGGAUCAACAUUAUAUUCUGCGGAGAUUUACGACAACUUCCACCCGUUAAUGCGAGGCCCGUUUACAAGCCAACUGGUAAUUCUUUUCAUGGGGCUGUUCUGUGGCAGUCACUUGAUUUCUUUCCAUUGGUGAAAGUGAUGCGUCAAACGGAUGAGGAGUUUUCAACUAUACUCACCAAGAUUGGUAAUGGAAAACCAAUGAAUGCUGAAGAAACUAAACUGAUUGAAAGUCGGUUUCGCACAGUCGAGUGGUGCAAGCAGAAUGUACCUGGUGCGAUACGGCUGUAUCAUCGAAACGUGGAUGUGGAGCGGUUCAAUAACGAUGCAUUGAACGAUCACGAUUCCCUGGAGUACACUGCCGACGACGUGUUUACAGGGUACAAAGAUGCUAGUCAGUUAGCUAGUUCCCGCAUCAAGCUCUAUAAAAUGAGCGUUGUAGAAACUGGCGGUUUACCUUAUCUUUUACGUCUUGCAAUAGGCAAGCCGUAUAUGAUAACUACCAACGUAGACGUUGAAGAUGGCGUAGUAAAUGGCGCUAUCGGUGAGCUGAAAUAUAUCGAGUGGGAUGAAGAUGAUUCUAGGCAGCAAAUUGUAAGGCUUUGGUUUAAAUUUGAUAGCGAAGCGAUUGGGACAGCGUUAAGAAUUAAAUCUAGACCAGCUGUUUACUCGAGGCCCGGUAUCUUACAACCUGAUUGGACUCCGAUAUCGAAACGAUCAGCGAACAUCAAGCUAAGCGGUAACAUCAAGUGCAAACGCAUCAAUUUUCCAGUUGUGAGUGCUUGUGCAUUAACUGUACAUAAGUCACAAGGUGGCACUUUUCGGAGAUUGUCUACGAUUAUCAUAAGAGCCAGGACCAACAGUUAG